CCAGAAAAGCCGCACGGGCAAUCGUGGAUGCGGAGACAAAGCCAAACCCUCCCAGCCGGAUGGGUAGCUGCACUUGUGCGGAAACCGAUGCGGGGAAGUCGCCGGGAAAGCGGAACAUGCGCCUGAAUGCCGUGAUAAUGGCGGCGUCAUGUCGCUCGGCGGCUGCCAGGGAGACAUCGGAUUCUGGGGGAAGGAGGCGCAGCCAAUAGUUCAGCCGGGGGGAUCAUAAUAGCGGAGAAGUAGGCCUGAGCCCUGUAAUCCCUUCUGAGCAAAAGUCACGAUUGCGUCGAGCAGCGGUUGGUGGCCGCUGGUGAUCUUCUCGAGGCUAUGCUGGAUGAAAGAGUUGCCGCCUAGCGGGCAGCCGAGGACAGUGAUGCCAUCAGUGGAGCAUUUGACGCCGGAAGCAGCGAUGUCCGCUGGGAUGUCGGAGUCUUGUUGCCAGCGGGGGCUCCAUGCAGCACUCUUGUCUCUACGCAGCCGCGAUUUCUUCUCGGCCAGAAGCUGCUCGGCUCUGUCCACAUACCCCGUCACACGUGUCUCGUCCAGUCCACCAUCGAUGUCAUCCAUGAACGCACUAACAAAAUCGUCGGGGAACUCCUGUUGCAGCUUGACGAGAGCGAGAUGGAGGCCCAGGCAGAAGAGGAAAGGGCCUGCCGCAUCGCCUUGUUGAGUGCCCUCCUGACUGAGGAUGAUCUCUGUGCGUCCGUCCUCCAUCCGAUACCACAGCUCAGCCGGGGUACCGUAGAACUGCCAGAAGAAAUCGAAAAAGCACGGCCACUUUGUGCCGAGCUCGUCGAGGAUCGCCUGUCGGUCGAUGCUGUUGAAGGUGUUCUUGCAAUCCAAAGUCACCAAAACCCGUCUGUCGGAGUCAUCGCGGCGUGUCUCCAUGUAGGUCUGACAGGCCCGGAAAAUCUUCUCUCCGCCUGCCGACGUACCAACCGCAAACUGUAGAGGCGCGAAGUCGUCCUCAAAGGCCAGCUUGUUCUCCAUACAAACUGCCUUCGUCACCCAUCUCCAAAGCAC